CCUCACACUCGUAUUCAGCGUCUCAAAACCAAGAAAGGAAGAAAAAAGUGAUUAUUUGAACACUAGAUCAUCAUCAUGUCUCGCGGUUCUAGAUCCAGCGGGAGCAGAGGCUUCUCUUCAGGUUCAGGUUUUGGUUUUGGUUUUCGUGGUCGUCGUGCAAGAAACAGCGACACAUUGGACGUGGAGGUAAAUGAACUUGAAGAUCUUCAUCGCCGUUCUCACGAAGCUGAGGCCUCAGGAAACCAGAAGCCUCUAGGAUUUUUUGUUAAACUUACCGGUGCUGCUGCUGAAGCUGCUGCAAAGGAAGGCAAACCAUUGGCUUAUGAUGACCGUCAUGAGAUUAGACAAAUGUUUGUACCUCCAAACCCUCAUAUGUGCAACAAAAUCAAUAACAAUAUCCUUGAGUUAGUCAGCAGAUUCGGGGAGGAUUAUGAAGACAAGGACUAUUUUGAAUACUUGCGAGCCCACUAUUGUGGAUUAAACAAAGGGAGCGGAGGGAAGAAACAAAUGACAAUUGAUGGACACAUGCAGACAAAACAACAAGAUCUUGCUCGCAAUUCCAACCAUGACCUUUUGGAUAUGCAUGACCUGAUGUUUGCAAUUAUGUGACUGAUGCUAUGCAAAAGUUUAUGAGACAAGGUAGGAAGGAGUAUAACUGCAAAGAAUGUCAUGAACUCUAAUGAGCCAAGUAUUGUGGAGAAAGUUGUCUGAUUAAAGGUGUGUUUGGAUAUCGCUUAUUGCUAAAAACUGAAAACAUUGUAGCAAAAUAAUUUUUAAAUGUGCGAAUAGUACCGUAGAACCCAUUUUUGAAGUUGUUUUUGGUGAAAAAUGUACUUGCGGGUCCCGUGAACAGUGUACGAGACUCACCAUAUUUCAGCCAAUCGGUUUUAAAUUUAAUUGUAACAUA